AUGCAAGCACCACAGCAGCUUCACGCCGGAGCAGAGGGGGGAAAGAAGCGCAAGCGGGAUGACGAUGAUGAACAGAAGGUAACAAAGCGCCGCGCACAGCCAGAGCUGCAACAGUACCACGAACUUAUCAACAUCCUCGUAGGACCUGCCGAGCACUUGUUCCAAAUCCACAAGGAAAAACUAUGCUCGAAGUCCAAGUACUUCUCUGCUGCUCUAAAGAAUGACUGGAUCGAGGCUCGACGACAACAAGUCAAGCUCCCAGAGAUAACUACCGAAGCCUUUCAGCACUACUUCAACUGGGUCUACUCGAACACCGUCUAUACUGAACCCGCCGUCCACAUCUCACCUGAACACUCCGCCAAGAUCCAUAUCCUCUAUAUUGAUAUGUACACCAUGGCCCAAUACCUCCAAGACAUCCCCUUCUGUAAUGCCGUCAUGGACUGCUUCAUCGACUUCUCCCGCGUCUCUGGCAACGCACCUCAGGCUGAAGUGUGCCAGUAUAUUGAGAGGACGGCGCCGCAUGAGAGGCUUCGCCAGUGCGUGGUUGAUAUGUUGGUGUGGCGAGUGGAUGCAGAGUGGUUCAUCAAGGACUUGGAAGCAUGGCCUCAGGCGAUGAUUAACCAGAUGUUCAAAGUUCUCAUGCUGGAUCCGAAUCGGGAGCUCGAGGAUAGGACGUGUUUGAAGCGCAGGAAGAUGGUGUAUCAUGAGAAGAUGGAGGGUCAUGAGGGACAGAGGCUGAGGAUUCAUGUUCGUGCGUGA